AUGAUCCGAAUUUCCAAAAUGCAGGUCGUCAAGUUCAUCGUUGCUUGCACGCCUCUGGCCAUCUUGGCCUCACCUAUUGAACAGCGCGGAGCUGAUCUCGUUGAUCGCGAGGCUGCUCCUGACGGCUGGGUAGAGGUCGCUGGCUUCUCGGAGAGGCGUGACGAACCCAACGAGCUUUUCCGACGCAACAUCGAUUGCAACAUCAUCGGCUCGAGUUCCACAGUCAACUGCCGCGAGUCCCCCAAUACCAGCUCCGAUAUUGUUACCACUUUCAAGGUUGGCUCGUCACACAGCUUCAAGUGUGCCGUCAAGGGCCAAUGCGUGACUAUCAAUGGAGUGACGAACUGCUCGUGGGACAAGGCCGAUCGAACGCUGGCCAAAGACUGCUGGGUCAACGGAUACUACACUGACAGCAGGUGCACGCUUGUGGCUAGCAUGGGUGCUUAUAACGACCGCGUCGUCAGGGCCCCUGUGGUCAUGGUCAAUAUUGCAAGAGCAAGGCCAGGCAUUUGA